UGACCCUCACUUUGAUUGUGCUUGUGGAUGGUGCGCAGGACACACCACGCUGAGUGUGCUCCUCUUGCAUUUUGUGAUUACGCCGAGCAGCCCAUUUCCAACCCUUUGAGGAAGACAGGCGGAUAACAACAGAAAAUUAUUUCUAUUGUCUCCUCUGGGAUUCGAUACUGCCAAUUAAAAAUGAAGUUUUCAAUCAGGGCACUCAUUCUACUCAUCGUGGCCGUCGCCACAGUCCACUGUUAUGGACCACAGCCUCGCCCGUCACGUCCUAUGAGACGCGGACCUCCACCUUUGCACAACCGGCACUCCAUCGUGUCAAGAAGAGACCCGGCCUACAUUCCCGGACCACCCUACUCGAAGCGGCCCAUGCGCAACAUGAUGGUCACUCGGCCCAAGAAACACAUCAACCCAAGCCUGAUGGGGCACUACUCGAAAUUCUCGCCCGUUUACAAGUACCCUCCACCCCCUCAGUCCAGACCGUACUCUGUCGGUCCCCCGAAGAAGAGUUUCUACAACUCGCGGCCCUACGGAUCCCCUAGCAAGUACCCUUACUACGCAAAACACCCUGGCUAUCCCAGCAAGCCUGUGAGACCGAGCAAGAUGCCGUUUGAGGAAUACCCUAGAGAGACGGUGGCCACUUUUGUCAAUCCCAAGCAGACCUCUUCAAAAGGUACACCCACCCUGAGCUACAAGCCCGGCGUCAAGGUGCCGACCAUCACCUACGGCUCUCCGUCCAUCGCCAAGCCGUACAACCAUUACGGAAGCAGCGAGGAGAGCGGCGAAAGUAGCGAGGAAAUCCAGAGCACCCAUCACGUCGGCGCCUCCAUCAAGUACGGAAAGACCAACCCUGCGUCCCGACCUGCGCACCCGUCCAUCCUGGACCCUGAGGUGAACAUCAAGUUCCCAGGACCUUCUUUCUCGUCCAACUACAAGACCAUCAACGUCCAGCCUGGACAAGAGACGCAACACCACACCGAAACGUCCGGUGUGCAUUAUCCGUCCAUCACUACCGACACCGUUUCCAGCAGCCCCAAGAGGAGGAGGCCGCAGAGACAGGAUGCCUCCAAAGCCACGCAAGCUACAAGUUCAAAGCCGUACUCAAAUUCCAACGUGAAGUUCCCAGCUGCGAGCUCGCAAUCAGAGACUGCCGCCACAAGUUACCAAAACUACGAUCACUUCCUUCAGGAAACGUUUGCCCCUGAUCUUACAAAGCAAGCCGAAACCUACUCCGCCACUAAGCAGCAGAAGAGAGACAGAAGCAAGUCAAGGUACAGGACUCCAGCCAAGCACUACGAGGUGAAGGAUGAGCCUGAAGAGAGGGACGACUCUUACGACGACAUCGAGACUGUGGACACCGAUUACGAGGGGUGGCAGCCAUCAGACUCAAAAUAAGCCACAGGAAAAUAAAAAUAAAUGGACCAUGUUUUGAAAGUGUGACUCUACGACUGAAAUAGUGAUGGACUAGAUAUUGGGAUGCGGCAGUCUGAAGAGUUUUUUUGUACUAAAUAAGCUAUUUCAGGUGUUUGGCAGAGUUUUGAUCUUCUCAUAAUAUUGACGAAAGACUUGAACGGUAGGCGAAGCAUCCACCGGUACGUUUAAAAUAAUUGUUGCGCGUUUAAUUUAUUAGAAAAAAAUAAAAAUAAUGCAGUUUU